AUGUCACAAUCGGAAGUCGCUAUCGAUUCGCCUACAACGCGUCAGGUUCGAAUCCAGCCAGUAACAUCACCUGGCUGAUCAAUACCAAGGCCCGUUCGGGAAUGGGACAGACAGAGAUCCCUCCAGAUUGGAGUCAGUCACGCCAAGAUGAGAGCAACGAGGACUGGGAAACCUCGAGUCGGAUCGAUCUGCAGAUACUUCCAGAGCAUCACCAGGGAAGCAUCACAUGCAGGGCGAUGUUUCCCGACGGAGGAACAGUGUUCAGAGAGAUGACCGUGAAACUGAUUGCCGACGACAAACAUGAGGUAUUGCUGCUCGCCAUCCUUAUACCGACUGCGGUGGCUGUGUUCAUAGUCGGCGUCAUUGCAACUGUUUGCAAAUUGCGGUCAAACAUCAAGCGUGAAAGAGCAAGAAGCUAUAGAGGUAAAGAGGCUGCCAUCGAGAAUUAUUCUGGCAAAAAGCUACCGACUAUUUCAGUUGUUUUGUAAUUCACAAAGAGGGAAGCAAAUUUUGUGAUCAACAAAAUAAUAUUUGCCCU